AUGUCACUGCUUGGAUUUCCCCCCCUCCACUCCCUGUUCGAACACAGGAGAUGUACUCAAUGUCUCCCUGCCCAAACACGUAAAUAUGAGAUAUGUAUUAGUCUACAAGGCUGCACAAUGUGACUGAAGACAUUUGAUACUUGAAUAUUUGCAUUACAUUUAGUGAGUAAUAAGCGCAUACUCAGUGUGGUGAUCGUGGUGAAAUGUCCGUUAACUGCGCUGCUGUUGCUGUUUGCAUCUCCCAUUGACAGGGCUGUGAGAGGUCACGGAUGGCAUGACAGGGGAAACCACCUGAUGUAUCUCUCCAAUCAUAGAGCCACAGUGCCACCAUGUGGGAACAUAGAAUGCAGCACACAAGCGUUUCACUUCUAACUUGGUCUCUUCUUUUUCUGCCUGUCUGAUAGCUUCAAGUGGCCGUUGAAGGGGAAGCGUAUGUCCCAUUGGACACAGAUAUGUUUCCCUCCUCAUUCCCAGAGGACUGUUGCUAUUUUGGUACAUUUUUCCUGACAGAUGAAUAUGAUAUGAUCUGUUUCGUCUUCUUCCGCAGUUCUAACAUGCAAUAUACAUAACGGCGCUACUGCUGCAGGAUUCUCGAAGAUCAAACAAUCCCCAAUCUCUCCGAGGGUCGGGAUGGGCCCGUGUUCUUUUCUUAUUUUGUAAUCAUGUUCUGAUCAGACGAUUGUCCGCCACGGACUCAAUGUGAAUGAUCAUGCGCAUGCUAUUGUUGUGGAGGAUUUCAGAUGUACAAUAUUUGAAUCGGUAUUGUCUUCCAACUUCCAUCAUUAGUCUUGGGUAUAUGGUUGGUUUGCCCUUUACUAGAAACCAUGUUAUGCGUGCAGCAACAAGGACGUAAAACAUUUCAAAGGUCACCUCAUUAGCAUUAGAUAUCAAGAAUAAACCAUGUUGAAAUGCCCCUAUCCUUUCAACAGAAUACUUUUGCUUAAAGAUUUAAUGGUACACAUUUGCUUUCAGCCUCUUAGAUACGGUGUAUUGCAAUACCAAGUAUCACCCUAUUGCCAAUAUAAAGAACUGUAUAGGUACAACUACAAGAGCCAUUGUUGAUCUACAUACAUAUUUAUGACUUUUGACUCUUUUGCAUUGUCAUUAGUGGGUGAGAUGUAUAGUGAAUGCAAGAGCAAGAAUGAAUGUUCACCCAAGCUUCUGGUUAAUUCCGCACUGAGCUAUGAAUGAAUUCAUUCUUUCCACUUUAAUAGGCUGUACUACACAAACAAACACAAAGACACUCAACACAGGCACUUCUCCAUAAGAGUCCCUUGUAUUCCCCUUUCCCACAGAUUCCACAGCAUAGCACACUAGUACUGCCCCCCACCCUGAUGCAAGGAACAUGCGAUUAUCACAUAACCUGGCCUGCAUAUUGGAUGAAGCCAUUUUGUCACAGCUACAGUAUGCCAUUAUAUUAUGCGUCUGCUCUUUGUUGUUUGACAGAUAAAGCAUGUAUGUCAUUUUGCCUAUUAAAUUGUUUUGUUUUUUCUCGGUUCUGUGGGGUCUGGGCAUCUUUGAAACACAGGGUGGUGGUCCGUAUGAGCCCAUGUACGCAUGCGUCGUGGUUUCGCUGCUGCAGAGCGUUCGCGUUCCACGGUCGCGGAGGAAAGCCGACGCUGCCAAGGAAACACACAUGCAGACAUAAGGGAAUCCAGAUUUCAGCAUCGUCGUCCAUUCCCUUGACUUCGAUAAUUCACCGGUAGUGAUGGUAGCGCGCAGUAACGCAUUUGACCUACAGAUCUAUUCCACGCGCGAUGCCUAAAUAGCUGCCAAAUAAUACAGGCAACGAGAGGAGGUAAAAUAAAUCAAAUAAAAAGUAAAGGGAAAGACAAACCAGCGGUGAGUGUGUGUAGGGCGCAGCCGCCAUGCCGCUGGUGAAGAGAUGCAUCGAGCCCAGGCACCUGUGCCGUGGAACCGUGCCGGAUGGGGUCACCAGCGAGCUGGAGUGUGUCACUAACAGCACCCUGGCAGCCAUCAUCAAACAGUUGGGGGGCCUGAGUCGACAUGCAGAGGACAUCUUCGGGGAGCUGUUCAACGAGGCCAACAGCUUCUACAUGAGAAUGAACAGCCUCCAGGAGAGAGUGGACCUGCUGGCUGUCAAAGUCACCCAGCUGGACUCCACUGUGGAGGAGGUUUCGCUGCAGGACAUCAACAUGCGGAAGGCUUUCAAGAGCUCCACCAUCCAGGACCAGCAGGUGGUGUCCAGGAACUCCAUCCUCAACCCCGUCAUGGAGAUGUACCAUCGCUGUGACAAACCUCCACCCCUCAACAUCCUCAGCCCCUACAGGGAUGACAAAAAGGAUGGCCUGAAGUUCUACACAGACCCAUCCUACUUCUUUAACCUGUGGAAGGAGAAGAUGAUCCAAGCAACAGAAAACAAGCGGAAGGAGAAGAGGAAGCAGAAGGCGGGUGACAAGGAGCAGAAACAGGUGGAGGACCCCAGCCGGGAGGUGAAGAAGGUGAGGAAGGCCCGGAACCGCCGUCAGGAGUGGAACAUGAUGGCCUACGACAAGGAGUUCCGUCCAGACACCCGCCUCACGCCUUCACCCUACCAUGGCAUGUCCUCUGAGGGAUCCCUCUCUCCAGACAGGUCUGGUAUGUCUGAUGAACAGUCCUACCCUGCCAGCCCUAACCACCCACCCCAGGAGGGAGUUGUGCUGGGUCCUGAUGGGAAGGAGCACCUAACAGGCCCCAACCAGACCCAGUCCCUGGACCGGGCCUACCGCCCCCCUGCUGCUGCUACCACUGCAGCUCAAGGCCGCCAGCAUUCCCUGGGCCGCAUGCAGCCCCACCACGGACCCACACCUGCAGACCCAUCCCUGAACGGACCCCGGCCCGCAGCUUCCAAAGAGGCCAGCGGUCACCAGAUGCCAGAGCACUUUAUCCCUCCGGCCCCGCCCCCACCUCCUCCCCUCAUCCCCUCAGCUCAGACGGCCUUUGACAGCAAAACAGGGCCUCCCACCCUGGCCCCUGGCACAGUGGCCACCCUGUCCCGCCCCUACAGCCCCUCACCCCCUCCGCCCCCACCCGCUGGCUAUGUCCCCUCUCCAUCUCACCCUGUCACUGGAGGACCUCCUGUUGCCCCUCCUCCACCCCCACCUGGUGGCCCCCCAACAUUCGCUCCCUCUCCAGCCCAUGCCAUACACCCCUCUGGGGGAACACUGCCAAGGAAGGGCAAAGUGCUAGGCAUCCCGAUAAGUGACGCACGCAGCGACCUGCUGUCAGCCAUCCGCAGAGGCAUCCAGCUGAGGAAGGUGCAGGAGCAGCGUGAGCAGGAAGCCAAGAAGGAGCCAGUGGGGAACGACGUGGCCACCAUCCUGUCCCGACGCAUCGCAGUGGAGUACAGCGAAUCAGAUGAGGACUCGGAGCCUGAGGAGAACGAGUGGUCAGACUGAGACGGAGCAGAGGGCUUAGGCUUACUUUACUUACCUACAGAGUGCUGCUAUUCCAAUAACAGGAAACACACACACACACCACACACACACACACACACACAGUCAUCGCACACUACGUCUCGAUAGACCUCUUGUUACAGGAAGUAGAUGAGAAAGUAGAUGAGGAGACGCUUACACAGUAUGACAGUAUCCAUUAUCUAGUCAGAUAUGGGCUGGGAGGAAACCACAGUGGAUCUGGAGCUGGGGGGGGUGGGGGGGUGAGGGGGGUCUGUUGAAAGCAGGCACAGCAAGCUUAUACUUAUAUAUAUAAUAUGAUAUAGUAUAAUAUAUUACUUAUGGUCCAGUAUAAAAGUGUUUCUUUCAUGAGUCCUGAUAUUGUAGUUUGAAUAUUAUUUGUGGUUUCAGUUGCAUUUAGAUUUUCAAUGCAUCUCCUCCACCUGUAAAUGAGCCACACCAACACCACAGAUGUGGUUUUCUAGGUGAAGGUGCUAUGGCAUUCUUUCAACUCAUCUAACUUGAUGCACUUAAAUAUUUGUUCAUUGAAAAGUAUUAUUUAGAGUCAUCUUCUAUUCUGGCUGUGCUGUUUGUGAUAACUGUGCGUAUGAAGAUGCUGUCACAUCAAGUGUUUAAUCAGGUGGGUGGAUACUUUUGGACAUAUGAUGCUGUAGCCGUAACCGUAUUGUCAACACAGCUUUUUGUUAUCUGAGGGAUGUCCCUUUAAAUUUGUCACUUUGUUCAAUUGUUUACAGUGUUGUGGUUGAGUAUUGAUACCCUAUCUGGCAGUGUUUAACAUCAGUUGUCGUUUUUGGUUUACAUCAUUUGCUAAAGAUUUGCUGGUUGACUAAUGACCACUGUGUAAGACAGACCCUAACAUGGAAAUUAUUUUGGGGGGUUUAUUUUCUCUAUGGUACUUUGUGUGUGCGUGCGUGGUGUGCGUGGUGUGCGUGGUGUGC